AUGGCGGUGUGCCAUGAUCUGGCCAUCAGCGUGGGGGAAAAGGGAAUCCCCUUGAAGAGCCAUGGUGAUGACGGAGCUGAUAAUUUCCGGUUGCUACGCAACAUGUACAACAGUGAAAACUGCAUGAAAUGUUCUGAUGAAGAAUGGCCAAAUGAGAAGAAGGAUCGGUGUGUUCCAAAAUUGGUGGAGUUUCUCUCCUACACUGAUGAUACAAUUGCUGCUGUAAUUUCAGCAGUCUCCAUCCUCUGUUGUCUUCUGACUGGUGUAAUAUUGGGGAUGUUUAUACAUUACCAGGACACGCCCAUUGUUAAAGCUAAUAACCGGAACCUGAGCUAUCUUCUCCUGGCCUCCAUCAUGCUGAGCUUCCUCUGUGUCUUCUUGUUCCUCGGCCAUCCAGUAGAUGUAACCUGCAUGCUGCGUGUAACCUCUUUUGGUGUCAUCUUCUCAGUUGCCGUCUCUUCUCUAAUUGCCAAAAGUAUCAUCGUGUGUAUUGCUUUUAAAGCCACCAAACCUGGGAGUUCCUGGAGGAAAUGGAUGGGAAUCAAAUUGCCGAAUUCUAUCUUGUCUGUGUUGUCAAUGGUGCAAGUUAUAAUCUGUGUCACCUGGUUGGCUAUAUCUCCUCCCUUCCAGGAUCGAGACACUCACUCUUAUCAGGGAAAGAUCAUCAUUCAGUGUAAUGAGGGUUCAGUUAUCGGCUUCUACUCUGUCCUGGGAUAUAUGGGGCUUCUGGCAGCUGUGAGCUUCAUUAUAGCUUUUUUAGCCAGGACAUUACCGGACAGUUUUAAUGAGGCCAAGUACAUC